AAAAAAAAAAAAAUAAUUUAUUAUUAGAGCGAGAGAAUCUUUAAAUAAUGAGAAAUUAUAAAUUUACAAAAAAGUGGUUUGAACGACAUAUACCGAUGUGGGAAAAGACUUUAAGUGACUUAAAGAAUAAUAAUAAAAAAAUCAAUGUUUUACAGAUUGGAGUUUUCGAGGGAAGAGCAACCGUUUGGAUUUUAGAUGAAUUAUUUAAAAAUAUGGAGUCAAGGUUAACAACGAUUGAUACUUUUAAAAAUAUAUUCGUGAACUAUGAUUACGAGGAAACCUUUCGUAAAAAUAUCAAGGAGUCGGGAAAGGAUAGUCAAGUUGAUAUCAUCAAAAGUAAUCCUUCUGAUGCUCUUACAAAGUUGAAAUACGAAAAGAGUAUAAAAUUUGAUUUCAUUUACGUUGAUGGUUGUUCACUCAUUUCCUGUGAUGUAUUAAAUGACAUUAUCAUAUCAUGGAAUUUGUUGAAAGAAGGGGGGAUUAUGAUCCUUGAUAAUUAUGAGUGGGACUAUUUUGAAGAAGAAUUUAAUAAUCCAAGAUUAGCGAUUGAUUCUUUCUUAAGAAAUUUUCAACAACAUAUCGAGGUGAUCUUUAAGCGUUUCCAAGUAGCUGUUAAAAAAGUAGUUAAAGAAGUUCCUCGAACCCCUAGGGAUGAUAAGUCUCUUGAUUAAAGAUGAAUAGCUAGUAUACGAGCGUGAUAUAUAGUGGUAUUAAGGAGGAAUUAGUAUACGAGCGUGAUAUAUAGUGGUAUUAAGGAGGAAUUAUAUGUAUAUGUGGGUGUGUAUCCAAAUUAGUUGUAUAUUUUGUGUUCUUUUGUUAUAGAUCACGUAAAUAAAUUAUGUACAAAAAUUAUUUUCCCACAAUUUAUGAUAUUUAUUCCAAGAUCAAAGAUUAUUAAUUUUCUAGGAGUUCAUCAAUCCCAACUAAAUCGUUCCACAGAUUUUUGAUUUUCGUUUUCAACUUCCUAAAAAUUAACUUAUGUGGCUAUGCUAAUAUAU